AUGCAUGAUCGUUCUUCUUUACAAAGCAGGCUUCUAUUUGGCAUACCCGUGGCGCUCGUCGCAGGCCUUUUAACCCAACUUCAAGUCCCAAUUCCAACAUGGCUUCAUUUGACCGACCACGAAAGACCGCCAGUGAGCAGUGCCAUUUCUCCCAAACAUAUGAACUCCUAUGACCUUGUCCACAUAUGCCACUGUCCAGAGCGCUCCCUUGAGUGGCGUGAUGUAUCUAGGUUUUUACUGCAUCAACUACACUUCGUAACGACUGAUUGGGCAUCGUUAGCCAUGAAUCUGCUCUUUGCUUUGAACGUGCUAAUGUGGAUUGCGCAGUGGUUGGCAAGCUGGAAAAAGGCCAAGAACCUUUUGCAUGAGGAGCCAACAGCGACCACCCUGGAUAGCACUUUCCAAGAUGAACGUUGCGCCGCACUGUACACCGCCAAAGAAAGAGCUCUGCUGCAGUUUCAAAAACUGAAUUCGCAGCCGCCUCAUUUUGUUUAUGGAUUCGAGGAUCCUUGGGACUGCGAUCCGGAUGAGUUGCUACCUCCACUACGAAGCAAGGGUACAGAAAGCGUGGAAACACUGCAUCCGAGCUCAAGGCCGAAAUCCUUAUCCUCAACCCAGACACCAAUUACUGGAAAAACGUUGGGAAAAGCCGUUCCAACCGGUGCAAACACAAACCAGAACCCCGCCAUGAAUGUGCAUUCUUCGAGUAUCCGUACAGUGGUUUCCCGUUCAUCACUUACGCCUGACCGCCACUCCGAACCGCCUAUCAAGCCGUCAUGUCACACGUCUUCCAAAUUGAAAUUCCAUGCCGUGACAGUUCCUAGCACUCCUAUUCACCUAGAGCGAUCCAGCCCCGAGAAAAAACCAUUGGUUUCUACAGUGGAACAGUCCACCGAAUUGUCUUUACCGGAAUCUCUUGCGGCAUCGCAGGACUCGUCAUCAACAAGUUCUCAUGCGAAAAAUCAAACUCUAACCCCCGAAAACUUACCUCUAUCAUUUCACCAGCCCUCGCCUGCUAAGUCUACUAUCUUGAAGACAGAACUGACUCAAGAGCAAGUCUACUCUCAACCAUUUAUCUACUGA